AGUCCCAGCUGCUUGGCCACCAUCUAAACCUCCUGACGAAGAACACAGGCCCAAGGAUGCUGACACAGUCUCAAUCUGCUGUUUUAGAAACUCCGAAAAAAGGUUCAGAUGCUGCUCAGCAGGAAGUUUGUGACAUGAAAUCUGAGGGUCAGGCCACUGUCAUUCAGCAGCUGGAGCGGACCAUUGAGGAUUUGAGGACCAAAAUAGCUGAGCUAGAGAAGCAGUACCCAGCCACAGACAUGGAGGUGGCCGCCUCCGGAGACGCGUGUCUGCGAGCUCUCAGGUUGGGAGAAAAGGAUGUAGGGCCUCAAAGGAUUUUACAGGCCAAGUCAAUACAGACGUCCCCGACAGAGGAGGGUGGGACGCUGACUCGUCCUCCCACGGGCGCCCUGCCUGAGGCCGUGAAUGGAGACUCAGCCGGGCUGUCCUCACCUCCCGGACCUCAGACCAAAUUCUGUGCAGAGAUUUCUUUGGUCGUGUCUCCAAGGCGAAUAUCAGUUCAGCUCGACACACAUCCAUCCCUGCAGGCUCCACCACCCACGUCGCUGCCCUGGUCUGACGGUCAAGGACAGGCGAGCUCACAGCCUUCCCAUCCUUCUUUUCACACGGAGUGUGAAACCAGCCAGGAGCACGCUGCUUUCCCCUCCUCUGAAAACAGCCAUGACAUCCCCACUGCGCUGCCUCUGUCUCCCACGUUUUCCCACCAGAUGCCUGGUCUGGGCACCGUGGCUCCUCCACGGCCCCCGCCCCAUGUCACGCCUGAGCCUGCACUGCUCAGCCCACCGUGCCCCUCACCUCCUCCUCUGCCUGGUCCAGAGAUGCUGCAACCCCCUCCCCUACCUUUGCCUGGUGAGGGAAUUCCUCCCGCCCCCCCUCUUCCCGGUGUGGGAAUUCCUCCCGCCCCCCCUCUUCCCGCAGUGGGAAUUCCUCCCGCCCCCCCUCUUCCCGGUGUGGGAAUUCCUCCCGCCCCCCCUCUUCCCGGUGUGGGAAUUCCUCCCGCCCCCACUCUUCCUGGCGUGGGAAUUCCUCCCGCCCCCCCUCUUCCCGGCGUGGGAAUUCCUCCCCCUCCUCCUCUUCCUGGCGUGGGAAUUCCUCCCGCCCCCCCUCUUCCCAGCGUGGGAAUUCCUCCCCCUCCUCCUCUUCCCGCAGUGGGAAUUCCUCCCGCCCCCCCUCUUCCCGCAGUGGGAAUUCCUCCCGCCCCCACUCUUCCUGGCGUGGGAAUUCCUCCCGCCCCCCCUCUUCCCGGCGUGGGAAUUCCUCCCCCUCCCCCUCUUCCUGGCAUGGGAAUUCCUCCCGCCCCCCCUCUUCCCGGUGUGGGAAUUCCUCCCGCCCCCCCUUUUCCCGCAGUAGGAAUUCCUCCCGCUCCCCCUCUUCCUGGCAUGGGAAUUCCUCCCGCCCCCCCUCUUCCCAGUGAAGGAAUUCCUCCUGCUCCCCCUCUUCCCAGUGAAGGAAUUCCUCCCGCUCCCCCUCUUCCCAGUGAAGGAAUUCCUCCCGCCCCUCCUCCUCCUUUGCCAGGUGUGAGGGUUCCGCCUCCUCUAGCCCCUCCCCCUCCUCCCCCUCCUGGAACAGGUUUCCCCCCACCCCCCCCACCCCCUCUGCUUCCUGGAUCCGGCCUUCCUCUCCCACCACAAGCUGGGAGUACGACUUCACCAACACUACAGGCAUGUGGAUUUCUUCCUCCACCGUUGCCAGCUGGCUUGUUUGGAUUCGGGUUGAACCAGGACAGAGGCAGCAGGAAGCAGCCAAUAGAGCCUUGUCGGCCGAUGAAGCCUCUGUAUUGGACGAGAAUUCAACUGCACAGUAAAAGAGACUCCAGUACUUCACUUAUUUGGGAAAAAAUUGAAGAGCCAUCCAUAGAUUGUCAUGAAUUUGAGGAAUUAUUUUCUAAAACUACUGUAAAGGAAAGAAAGAAACCGAUUUCUGACACCAUCACAAAGACCAAGGCUAAACAAGUUGUCAAGUUACUAAGCAACAAAAGGUCACAAGCAGUUGGAAUAUUGAUGUCUAGCCUUCACUUAGAUAUGAAAGAUAUACAACAUGCUGUGGUGAACUUGGACAAUUCUGUGGUUGAUCUGGAGACCCUUCAAGCUCUCUAUGAGAAUAGAGCACAGUCAGAUGAACUGGAAAAAAUUGAAAAACACGGCCGGUCCUCCAAAGACAAGGAAAACACCAAGUCUCUGGACAAACCUGAGCAGUUCCUUUAUGAACUGUCACUAAUCCCCAACUUUUCAGAGCGAGUCUUUUGCAUCCUGUUUCAGUCCACAUUUUCAGAAAGCAUUUGCUCAAUUCGGCGCAAACUGGAGCUGCUACAGAAGUUGUGUGAGACAUUAAAAAAUGGCUCAGGGGUCAUGCAGGUUUUGGGUUUGGUUCUUGCCUUUGGCAACUACAUGAAUGGUGGAAAUAAGACUCGGGGACAGGCAGACGGUUUCGGGUUAGACAUCCUCCCAAAGCUGAAAGACGUCAAAAGCAGUGACAAUAGCAGAAGCCUUUUGUCAUAUAUCGUGUCCUAUUAUCUUCGCAAUUUCGAUGAGGAUGCUGGGAAGGAACAGUGUGUGUUUCCACUGCCGGAACCCCAGGACCUCUUUCAGGCCUCGCAGAUGAAGUUUGAAGAUUUUCAAAAAGACCUCAGAAAACUCAAGAAAGACCUGAGAGCCUGUGAGGUUGAAGCGGGGAAAGUGUACCAGGUGUCCUCAAAAGAGCACAUCCAGCCAUUCAAAGAAAACAUGGAACAAUUUAUUAUUCAAGCUAAAAUUGACCAAGAAGCAGAGGAGAACUCACUGACAGAGACUCAUAAAUGCUUUUUGGAGACUACAGCCUAUUUCUUCAUGAGACCAAAAAUUGGAGAGAAGGAGGUGUCCCCAAAUGUUUUCUUCAGUAUCUGGCAUGAAUUCAGCUCCGACUUUAAAGACUUUUGGAAGAAAGAAAACAAACUUAUUCUACAAGAGAGAGUAAAAGAAGCUGAAGAGGUGUGUAGGCAGAAAAAGGGAAAAUCACUUUAUAAAAUAAAACCAAGACAUGACUCUGGAAUUAAAGCGAAAAUAAGCAUGAAAACCUGAACAACGAAAAGCAGAACGAAAAUGAGUCCCUGCAGCCACUUCCACAGAAUUCAGCCGACCUGAGGGCAGGAAGGAAACUCAUCAUUUUGAUCACUUUUCUUCUUGGCCUCUUGCAUAAUCUCUGUGUUUUCCAGACAGUUCACUGAUUGUUGAAUUCUACCGUAUAUUAAAAAAAAACAAACAAACAAAAAAACAAAAGCAGUAGGCCAGUGGAGAAUGUGACACCUUUUCUUUUUGUAAAAGUUUAUGGUAUUUUACCGAUAGACCAAAACAGCAUGUGUAAGAGGCAGUAUCUGCAUUAAUUCUGAACAUGCUAAACAGUAACCUCCAAUUUACUGAUGUGCAAAUAGCCCUGUUACAGUGAAAUACGUUCCUUUCUACUGACGACCAGUACUCCACGUCACUGUAUUUAGAGUUAUGGUUAAAAUGUUAUUUCUAGUGAAUUGUUUGUAUCAGUUUCACGUCUACAUAUAAAUUUUCUAUUUUGAAAUCGA